GAUAAAAAGAGAAAUGUAAUAAUAGGAACAUUAAGUGUUGUUACUUUAGGUGCUAUGAUAUGGAAGAUCUUUGAUAAGAAACAUUAAGUUACGUAAACUGUAAGCGAUGAGAAUUUAAUUAAAUUUAUUAAGGAUUUAAAAGGUUAAUCAUUCCUUCAUUUUUUUUGGUAUCAGGCAUAGUUAAAGAAAUGAAAUUAGGGGGAAAAGCAGAACUCUAAGAAAUACUUAUAAAAUUUAAGUAAGAAGUAGAACCUCUCUUUGAAGAGAAAUAAAUUAUGAUUCUAUACAGAUUAAACUUAGAAAAAAGAGAAGUAGAGUAAAGCAUCUUAUUGAGUUAAAACAAUGAAGUGAAGAAAUUGUAUGAUUAAUUUUAAUAAUUAUAUGAAGAUGCUCUAGAGGACAUUGCACCCGAAAUAAAAUUGAAUGAUUAGACUAUAUUAAAAUUUAAUGAAGACUUAAAUUAAUGGGGAAUAUAUUAACAGUAUCUAUUGACGUAAUUUGUCUAACUAUAGAAGAACUAUUAUAAAGAUAUGAUUGUCCAAUGGAAUUAAAAUAGAUUAACCAAUAUUUAUGAAAACUUUAGAAAGAAAUCGGUUAAUUGAUAAGAAACUAGAACUUUAUAAUCACUUUAAGUAAAUGAAUAUGAACCUGAUGAAUAAUAUCCUAAUGAAUUAUUUUUCAAAUUGAUUUAAUAUUGGAAAGAGCAAAAUCCAAAAUUUAAACAGUGUGUAGAGAGUUUCUACUGAAAAUAUCAUUUAAAAAAUUUAAAAGAAGGAAUUAGAUUCAGAAAGUGC